UCCUUCGUAUUCCCAGCGCAACGCUUCUUAUUCCUCGCUUUAUUAAUCUGUUUCGCAUUCCACGCUCUCAGAACGGCACGCCGCUUCCCGGCCUGCCCUCUUCGCUAAACCCUCGCAUUCUCCUCCUCCUACUUCUCCUACCGUCGGAUCGGAAGUUGCUCAGGGUUGGCAUCACUCUUUUCAAGAUGUUGAUCGGAGAGCAAGCUCGCGUGUGAACCCGCCUGGCUUCCCUUCACUAAAACUUUUUUGUGGGACUGCUUCUACUUGGUUGAUUUGAAACUUGCAAUCCUUCAGUUUUUGAGAGAUAUUUUGUUGUUUUCACAUCGAGAAGCCCAGUAAGAUCCUCCUCCAUUAGUCCUCAUGACCUACUUCCUCAUUAGUUCUGCCGCGUCGUCCGGCUGCGCCCCUGCAUCUGCGUGACGGUCUACUUUCUUUCAACUUAAACAGAACAUCUAUGGCUUUUCGAGGAUAUGUUCCAUCAUCAUUACUGGGGAAACCUGUGCAGGCACCAGGGAUGAUGCGCCAUGGCCCCUUUCCAGUUCAUCCGUCUUCUGGACAUCACCCUUUGGAGCCUGUAAACCCUGCUGAAGUUCUAGAAAAAAAAAUUGUGGUUCAGGAGGCUGAGAUGGAUAGACUUACUAUGGAAAAUCGAAGGUUUGCAGCAACUCAUGUGGCACUGAGGCAGGAGCUUGUUGCCUCUCAGCAUGAGCUACAGCGAAUCCAAGCUCAUGUUGGUAGCAUCCAUAAUGAAAGUGAGAUUCAGAUCAGGGGCUUGUUGGAGAAGAUUUCAAAAGCUGAGAUUGAUAUCCAUGCUUCUGAGGAAGUGAGGAAGGAUCUACAAAAGGUACAUUUGGAGAGACAAAGCCUUCUUUCUGAAAGGCAGGAGCUUGCAAGUGAAAUCCAGCACAUGAAGGAAGGUCUUCAAAAAGCCAAAGCUGACAUUAAAAAUCUCCCUGAACUACAUGUUGAGCUUGAGGGAUUGAGACAGGAGCAUAAAAAAUUACGUUCGGCCUUUGAGUAUGAAAAGAAUUUAAAUAAAGAGCAAGUGGAGCAGAUGUGUGGAAUGGAGAAGAACCUUAUAACAAUGGCAAAAGAAGUUGAAAAGCUAAGAGCCGAUAUACUUAAAAUAGAGAACACUGCACAGGUACCACAUCAACACGGAAGCACAUAUGGGACUGCAGCUCCUGUCUACCCUUCUGCAAGUCAAGUCUUUGUUCAACACCCAGAUCAGGCUUAUUCUCAAAGUGUUGGCUAUGCGGAAAAUGCCAAUGUUGUAGCUGGUGGCUAUCCAAAUUCUGGCUAUAAUAGCCAUGGUGGUCUUCCUGGGUAUGUCCAGGGGUAUGGAAUAGUAUCAACGCAAAUGACUGGUGGGGUUGCAGUUCAGGGCGGUAAUGGCUACGGUACCGUCGCCGGUGCUGUCUACCCUAAUGGUUCCCUGAUGCCUCCAGUGCCGGUAGCCGGUGGAGUGCAAGCUGGAGAAGGAGCAAAUCCUUCUAGUGUUGUUUUUGCUGGUUCUUAUGAUGGGGCGAGUCUUGGAGGCCCACCUCUGCCCCCAGGCCCCCCACCACCAUCAGUUGGUUGGAGAUAGAAAACUAAGAAGUAAAAAAAGCUGAUAGCUUUUUCCUUGAUUUGGAUAAGGGCUUGUGGGUAUGAAGGUUCGGAUUCUUGUUUAAAUUUUAGUUGCUAGACAAGCAAUUCCUAAUGAAUGGAGAGAAACCAGUUGGUUUUAAAAAUGGCUUAUAAUAAAUCUUUGCAUUUGGUAAUAUAUCCGAUGUUUCCUUUCUUUA